ACGAGCGCUAUCGCGCAAGCUCCAAUCAAUUUUUAGACUAUUAAAAAAAACGCUAUAACCUAAAAUUCUCGACAACUUCGACAAGUUUUGAUGUUCCAAUAUUUUAGUCAAUUAAAUAAUUUACUGUGUUGAUUAUUAACUGGAGGGUAUUCUCUGUAUUAAAGUUCCCACUGCUUACCAUUUAUAAUGGCCACCGAAAUUAGUGAAGCCGAUCAGAUCAAGACGUUCAAGGAUUUCCUGGUGCAGUAUAAUAAACUGUCAGAACUCUGCUUCAAUGAUUGCAUUCAUGAUUUCACUUCAAGAACUCUGAAGUCUUCUGAGGAUAAAUGCACAUCCAACUGUAUGGAGAAAUACCUGCGAAUGAACCAGAGGGUCUCUCAAAGGUUCCACGAAUUCCAAAUGAUAGCAAAUGAGAACAUGCUUGCGAUGGCCCAGAAAGCUGGGAACCCUAGCUAACUCCCACUGAAUGGACUUGUCUAAGUAGUGACUUCACACAUUUAAUUAUUAUAAUUUUUGUUAGUUUAUUGUCUUCAGUGAAGACUAAUAAAAUUGUUAAUGAGUUAGA